UCAAACGCGAUCUACGGCAAUGUGUUGUGAAGCGAGGGAGCAAGCAAAGGAGCGAGAGCGAGAGCAAGAAAGAGAGAAAAGAAUAGAUGCUGCAAUCCCCUCCAUUGCUCAUCAGGUGCAGAGCGGCUUCGGUGUUAACAUUGAGGAUGCUACCAUACUACUGUUCCUCUACAAACCUCAACCCUAACCCUAACGCUACUUUUUCUCGCACCACGAGAACUAAUUCCGAUGACCACUCGUUUGCUCAUCUUCCUCCUCUCUUCUCCAACAUACACACUUCCAACCCAGCUCCACACAACCUCCAUAUUAGCACCGCAGUCUCCAACUGCUUAUCCACUGUUCCCAGCCGUAGUGCUUCUUUAUCCGUUUCGGCCACUCCUGAGUUAAGAAACCCAGAUUCUGAAACGGAACAUUUAACUCAACAAUCUCUCGUUGUGGUCUCGUUUUACAAGUUUGCAGAUUUCCCAGACCAUGCAGACAUGCGCAAGCCCCUGAAGGAGCUCUGCGAGGAAUUGCGUGUUUCAGGUGGCAUUAUCCUUGCCCCUGAAGGAAUCAAUGGGAGCAUAUGUGGGACACGUGAAGCAGUGGAAAAGGUUCUUGGAUUCAUUCAAUCUGAUAGUCGCCUCAGUGGCCUAAGACAGGUGGAGUCACCUGUGAGUCCUGAAGAUGAAGCUCUCCAUCAUGGACACACUAGCAGUUCCCCUCUUGGAGCAGGGGAAGAUUCACCCUUCCGAUGGGACCAUGUGAGGGUCAAGGUGAAGAACGAGAUCGUUUCCCUGGGAAUGCCAAAUGUAUCACCUAUUGAAAGAGUUGGAAAGUACGUGAGCCCAAAGGAUUGGAAUGGAUUAAUUACUGAUCCUGAAACUGUUGUGAUUGAUGUGCGUAAUACAUAUGAAACUCGAAUUGGGAAGUUUAAGGGAGCAGUUGAUCCAUGCACCACAGCUUUCAGAGAGUUCCCAUCAUGGGUUGAUUCUCAGUUCCAAUUAGCUGAAUAUGGCCAACCAUCAAAUGCAGAGGUUAAUGAUUCAAAUGAAGAGAGAAAAAUUCCUCAACGGGUAGCAAUGUACUGUACUGGUGGCAUUCGCUGUGAGAAAGCUUCAAGUUUUCUUCUGAGCAAAGGUUUCAAGGAGGUUUAUCAUUUAGAAGGUGGCAUUUUGAAAUAUCUAGAGGAAGUUCCCAAGACAGAGAGCCUAUGGGAGGGAGAGUGCUUUGUGUUUGACAAGCGCGUCUCUGUUGAGCACGGGUUGAUGCAGGGAACCUUCAAGCUUUGUUAUGGGUGCAAGCAACCAGUCAGUGAUGCAGACAUGGAAGCUCUGGAAUGGGAAUAUGGAGUUUCUUGUCCAUACUGUUUCUCAACAAAGUCCGAAGAAGAGAAGGAGAGGGCAAGAGCUCGGCAGAGGCAAUUUAAGACAUGGGGAAUAAUUGGUGGUCCUGACAAGGGUCGUCGGCCAAUGACACCGACACCUGAAAAAUCGUUGUAGGAGAAAAGAUUCUGAACUUUCCAUAUCAAGAUUGAAAGGCAAAAUGAGUCUUGUGUUAGACGGUAUUUUAUUGUUUUCCUUUCCUCAGCCAGCGAUCGGUCAUCAAGAUUGAAAGGGAAAAUGAGUCUUGUGUCAGACGGUAUUUUAUUAUUUUCCUUUCCUCAGCCAGCGAUCGGUCUUAAUGUAUAUUAUUAGAUUUAGAAAUUGAGAUCAACUUUAUUAUACAAUGAUUCUCCAGCUUGGACAACACUUUGGUUUUUGAAUUUGUACAAGUCCGUGACCUUUUUCUGUUUUGAUUAGCGGUUUGUGCUAAUGUUGUAGCAUCCGUUUUUUCGAUGGAAGUGUCUAACCCAGAUUCUAGA